GUGACGUAGUCGAAUGAAAAGCUCUUUCGGCCUGCGGCGCGAGACAAGAGGAUUAUUGGUGAACGCGCAGGAGAGCGCGUGGGAGGCGGAGAGACAGAGCGAGAGAGAGAGCGAGAGAGGGAGAGAGAGAGAGAGAGAGAGGGAGGAGGAGGAGCGCACUUGUCUCUACCUGCGUGAACGUCCUGAAAACUGCUGUCGAACUCCAGCAGUGACGACACUCUCUCUCAGCUUGAGGACCUUGUUUACAAACAACACAGUGUUUUUAAAUCUACGAACACGAGUGGACAGAGACAGUCAUGGCCAAAGGAGGAGAUUUAAAACGCAGCUAAUCCUCCACGAGACAAGACAAGUGAGGAAGGAGAGGAAAGAAAGAGGAACAGGAUGGGGAUGGACUUAAGCACUCUGCGGACCCUCAUCAGCAGAUAUUGUGUCGGUGAGGAGAACUGGGUGGACAGCAGGACCAUUUACAUCGGACACAAGGAGCCUCCUCCUGGUACUGAAGCCUUCAUACAACAAAGAUUCCCAGACAACAGAAUAGUUUCUUCCAAGUACACAUUUUGGAACUUCAUCCCUAAGAACAUGUUCGAACAGUUCAGGAGAGUUGCCAACUUCUACUUUCUCAUCAUAUUUCUGGUCCAGUUGAUCAUCGACACACCCACCAGUCCAAUCACUAGUGGAAUGCCGCUCAUCUUUGUCAUCACAGUCACUGCCAUUAAACAGGGUUAUGAGGACUGGUUGAGACACAAAGCAGACAAUGCCGUCAACCAGUGUCCUGUGCAGGUGGUGGAGCAUGGGAAAGUGAUAUGCAAACAAAGUUACAAGCUCAGGGUUGGAGAUGUUGUCCUGGUGAAAGAGGAUGAAUCUUUUCCUUGUGACCUCAUACUUCUGUCCUCAUCACGAGAUGACGGCAACUGCUACGUCACGACAGCCAGUCUGGAUGGAGAGAGCAGCCACAAGACAUACUAUGCAGUUCAGGACACCAAAGCAUACAUCACAGAAAAAGAGGUCGACUCGAUCCAUGGCACUAUUGAAUGUGAACAACCACAGCCGGACCUGUACAAAUUUGUAGGACGUAUCAACAUCUACAUGGACAAUGAGCCAGUGGCCAGGCCGCUGGGAUCAGAGAACCUGCUGCUGCGAGGAGCCACACUCAAGAACACAGAAUACAUCUAUGCUGCUGUCAUCUACACUGGCAUGGAAACCAAGAUGGCUCUCAACUAUCAGUCCAAGUCCCAGAAACGCUCUGCGGUGGAAAAGUCGAUGAAUGCAUAUCUGGUGGUCUACCUGUGCAUUCUUAUUAGCAAGGCCCUCAUCAACACCAUGCUUAAGUAUGUGUGGCAGGCCGAUCCCAACAGAGACGAGCCAUGGUACAACCAGAGGACAGAAGCAGAGAGACAAAGACAUAUUGUGAUCAGGGCAUUCACAGACUUCUUGGCCUUCAUGGUCCUCUUCAACUACAUCAUUCCUGUCUCCAUGUACGUCACCGUGGAGAUGCAGAAGUUCCUGGGCUCCUACUUCAUCAUGUGGGACGAUGAGAUGAUGGAUGAGGAGCUGGGGGAGCGAGCCAUGGUCAAUACGUCCGACCUGAACGAGGAGCUGGGUCAGGUGGAGUAUGUGUUCACAGACAAGACGGGGACACUGACAGAGAACAACAUGGAGUUCAUCGAGUGCUGUGUGGACGGACAUGUUUAUGUGCCUAAUGUCAUCUGUAAUGGACAGGUGAUGCCUGGUGCUGCAGGUAUGGACAUGAUUGACACAUCGCCAGGCCCUGAAGCCAAAGAGCGAGAGGAACUGUUUUUCCGGGCGCUGUGUCUGUGUCACACUGUUCAGGUAAAGGAGGAGGAGACAGUGGACGGGAUCAAACAUGGCAUCCACCAGGGCAAGUCCUCGUCCCUCUACAUCUCCUCGUCUCCUGACGAGGUGGCGCUGGUGGAGGGAAUGAAGAGGCUCGGCUUCACAUAUCUAAGACUCAAGGACAGUCACAUGGAGAUCUUAAACAGGGAGGAUGAGAUUGAGAAGUUUGAGCUGCUGGAGGUUUUGACGUUCGACUCUGUCAGGCGGAGGAUGAGUGUCAUUGUCAGAUCUGGCUCUGGUGAGUUCUAUCUGUUUUGUAAAGGUGCAGACUCCUCCAUCUUCCCCAGGUGCGUCGCAGGAAAGGUGGAUCAGGUUCGAUCUCGUGUGGAGCACAACGCAGUGGAGGGUCUGAGAACUCUUUGUGUGGCCUAUAAGCCUCUGAGCCCUGAACAGUAUCAAGAGAUCUGCCAUUUGCUCAAUGGCGCCAAAUUGGCACUGCAGGACCGCGACAAACGCCUGGCUGAGGCGUAUGACCUCAUAGAGAAAGACCUGAUACUUUUGGGAGCCACCGCAGUGGAGGACAGGCUCCAGGAAAAAGCAGCGGACACCAUUGAGUCUCUCCACAAAGCUGGUAUGAAGGUUUGGGUGCUGACCGGAGACAAGAUGGAAACAGCGUCAGCGACCUGCUAUGCCAGCAAGCUCUUCCACCGCAACACCCAGAUCCUGGAGCUGACCACCAAACGCACCGAGGAGCAGAGCCUUCAUGAUGUCCUCUUUGACCUGAGCAGGACCAUCCUCAGGCAGCAUGGAAGCAUGACCAGGGACUCUUUCUCUGGUUUAUCAGGUGACUGCACUGACUAUGGCUUGAUCAUUGACGGAGCCACGCUCUCUGCUGUGUUGCGGCCCAGCCAGGAGGACUCAAACUCAGGGAACUACAAAGAGAUCUUCCUAGAAAUCUGCCGUAACUGCAGCGCUGUUCUCUGCUGUCGAAUGGCCCCACUCCAGAAAGCACAGAUUGUGAAGCUGAUCAAAGCCUCCAAGGAGAACCCCAUCACACUGGCGAUUGGGGAUGGAGCUAAUGAUGUCAGCAUGAUCCUGGAGGCGCAUGUUGGUAUUGGUAUUAUGGGUAAAGAGGGUCGUCAAGCCACGCGGAACAGUGACUAUGCCAUCCCAAAGUUCAAACACCUCAAGAAGUUGCUGCUUGUUCAUGGACACUAUUACUACAUACGCAUUUCUGAGCUUGUGCAAUACUUCUUCUACAAGAAUGUGUGUUUCAUCUUCCCUCAGUUCCUCUACCAGUUCUUCUGUGGCUUCUCACAACAGCCUCUGUAUGACACAGCCUACUUGACUCUGUACAACAUCAGCUUCACGUCGCUGCCCAUUCUGCUCUACAGUCUCAUGGAGCAGCACAUUAAUAUGGAAAUCCUGAAGAAGGACCCAUCUCUGUACCGAGAUAUUGCAAAGAACUCUUUGCUGCGCUGGCCCAUCUUCAUUUACUGGACCAUCCUGGGUGUUUAUGAUGCCAUUGUGUUGUUUUUUGGUGCUUAUUUUCUGUUUGACAACACCACCUUCACCAGCAAUGGACAGCUAAUGACAACCAACACACAGAUGAUGUUUGGAAACUGGACCUUUGGGACGCUGGUCUUCACUGUUUUAGUCUUCACAGUUACAUUUAAGUUGGCUCUAGAUACUCACUACUGGACUUGGAUCAACCAUUUUGUCAUCUGGGGCUCUUUGAUUUUCUUUGUGGUCUUCUCUUUGCUGUGGGGAGGAAUAAUCUGGCCUUUCCUCAACUAUCAGAGGAUGUAUUAUGUUUUCAUGCAGAUGUUGUCCAGUGGUCCGGCCUGGCUGAGUAUAAUUCUGCUGAUAACAGCCAGUUUGCUGCCAGAUGUGGUGAAGAAGGUGAUCUGGAGGGCACUGUGGCCAACCACCACUGAACGCAUACAGAAUGCUGACAGACUUUAUGAGGGCCACCUCUCGGAGUUCACCCCCCUGUCGUCUCUCCUUACUCCAUCCAAGGCUGGUGGCCACCAGCGAGGCUCAGGAAACCAAAGGAUCGCCCAAAACCCUAGAAGUAAGCGUUUGGGAUGGAAAGGCACUGCAGGUGAUGGCACCGAUAUUUGGAUGAAGAGAGUCAGUGUGAAUGGAUACGUGAGAAAAAACAAUGUGAAUGUAAAAACAAAAACAAAACAAUUCUACUGUCUAAGAAUGCUCGUUCUGAACAAAUGCAGCUCUGCAAUAUGACCAUCAAUCAACAAAAUAACACAAAACGAAAACUAAACUAUUGUUCAAUAUCUAUUUUUUUUAUUCAAAAUGUUUUAUAAUGUCCAGGAGGGCAUUUGUCUCUGAAAUGCUGUUUUACUGUUUUCAAUCAAAUGUCCCUGUUACUACAUUAAGAGUGAAGGAAAGUCUCACUCAAGCUAUCAGGUGUUCAUUCAUUGUCAUUUUAAAGGUACAGUGUGUACAUUUUAGCAAUGUAUUGUUGCAGUUGCCCUCUAAGUGUGUUGUUGAACCUACAGUAUGUAGCCUUCAGUUAGCAUCAAAAGUCAAAUGAUGUUUAGUUUGUACAUUGAUGUCUUCUGUAAAAACAUGGUCCAAAGUGGCAGCUUCCAUUGAGCUGACCCAGCUCCUGACAUACAUUUAAAGGCUCAUUCUGGAGUAAUGCAAAGCAACAAUUCAUACAGUCAGAAACAUUGGUAUCAUUUCAGUUUGUAUGCACUGGACCUUUAAAAACAUGAAAAACUUGAAAAGCAUGAACUGAUUCAUUGAUCAACUGGUUUUCUUUUGUUUCUUUCAAUAUUCUGUGUAUGUUUUUCUUUGUCUCAAUAUUCUGGUUUUAUACUUAACUUAAAUAUUUGUGAUUUGUUCAUUUAAGGGUCAGUUCAGCUAAAAUACAAAAGGAAAAAAAGCACAACAUUGUAUCUGAGGGUAUAAGAUACUGAUACAAUCUUAGAGAUUUAUAUCUCCAAACUUAUACUCUAACUUAACAGAUACUGUAAGCAUGACAUUUGCAAUAUUUUUCAUUUGUAGUUUGUGUGAACUGGCCCUUUAGCGUUGUCAGGAUUAUGAAUGUAAACAUAAUCAAAGAUCCUGUUCUUUUUCUACCACCAUUACCAUGCCAGUAUUUAACACAGAAGCGGAUUAGGGCAGUAUGUUGUUAAAACAAUGAAAAGGCCAGAAUUCUAACUUUGAUCUUAGACGUUUUAGAAAAAAAGUCAAAAUUCUGACUUUCAUCUCACAAAGAAUCUUUUAUUUCAGUUCAAUUCAGAGUUCUGAGAUUAAACGUAUAGAAAAAACUGAAUUUUGACUGGAACACACAACAACUCAGAAUUCUGUAUAUUCUGAAAGCAAAACAAAGCAUGUUUACUUAGCCAGGUAUUGAAUUUUGUUUUAUUUUAUUUUAUUUUUUGAUGGAAAGUAAUGUUUUGGUUGAUGUCAAUGUCUUGAGAAUUCUGAGAAAAACUUAAUUCUUACCUUUUCUUCUUACUUCAGAGGAGACUUCAAUCUCAGAAUUCUGGCUAUUUUCUAAAAAUCUGUUUCCCAAAGAAAUCUUACUUAGAUAACCUUUUUUGAUCACCAAGCAUCCGUUUAUUUAUUGACUAAAAUAUGUAUGAAACAUUUUCUUAAAGGUUGAGAGGAACAUUGUCUUUGCGGAGAGAAAUCCAGAGUUCGCUGAUAAAUGUUGGUAAAUGCUGUACGUCCUCCUCUUCCUGUGAGCUCAGACACUCGGGUAUAUGCCGCUCAUGAAACUCUAGGACAACUGAAUGAGUAUACUCACUAAAAUAUCCAGUUACUUGAGGGUUUUUGAUGUUAGAGCUCAUGCAAGGCUACGUUAUUAUUUUUAUUUCCUCGAGACUAUUUUGACUUAUUUGUUUUUUUUAAGCAUUAAUAAGCAACAGCCACACUGGCUCCUGACAGAACAACACUGGACACCUGUGUUCGUACGUGUUGUAGAAAAAGAGAUUUCCAUGGCGUUUGCUCACCUUGCACUGAAACGUCUCGUCCAGUGAUUGACACUUUGCUGUAGAAAGACCUUCAAAGCCAUUAAAUGGUGCGUUUAAGGUCUCAACUGUCCUGGUGUUUCAAGAAACUGACAGCCUUUAAACAGAAUGUAAUUGUGUCUCUUUUAUCAUGUAUUAUUGUGUCGUGUUCUGUGUAACACAUAACCAGUAGUAACUAUAACCACUGUACACACACAUGCAGUAUACAUAUAUAAGUAUGCACAUAUACACACACAGUAUGUAUAUACAUGUAUAUAUACAUAUAUAUGUAUAUAUACAUGUAUACACAUGUACAGUUUUGGGGUCUUUUUGUAUACAGUUUUUAACAGAGUCAUAUUAAAAAUGUACUUCUUUUUUUUUGCCAAUCUUUGUGUAGCUAUGGACAUCAAACAUCUGUAUAGUUGCUCACAAAUAA